CUAAAUCUUCAAGUUACAAUUAAUACAACUCCCGUUAACAUAGCAAUGAAUCAUGAAAGGUUGAGAAACAUUGGUUUAUAUUGAAGAAAAAGAUGACACGAAGGAAAGUUUGUGUUUUAAGUUUAAUGCUUGUGUUGGUUGGUACGGAUGGCUGGCCCGUGUUUCGGAACUUGUUUAACUUUGGUGGGGAAGAUGUAGCUCCUUCAUCCUUGCUCCAAGAUGAAGACUCCUGGGUGGAGGAUUUAAAAAAGAUGCUGAAGAAGCAGAUUCUCAAUGAUCUUCCCAACAUCCAGGAGGUUCACCCAUCUUUUAUUAAGGAGGAAGAACUUCCAACCAACAACUCGUUGCAAACGAUCACAAGGUUUCUUACCAACUACAUGAAGAACUUUGGAUAUUUAAACCUGACGGUUCAGAAUGAAGUGGACCUGGUCACGAUACCUAGAGUCGACUCCGGGUUUCGAAAUCCAAACUUAUUCUACGUGAGAGAAUUGGACAAACAUAUAAGUGACCAGAUCAAAAAUAUGCAGUAUAUGCUCGGCAUCCCAACAACUGGUAAGCUGGAUGAAACAACCCUACAUACCAUGGUACUUCCACGGUGUGGUAUGAAAGAUAUAAAGCCAAGUGGAGUGGGGGACAACUUUGUAUUGCAAGGACGUUGGGUUAAGAAUAAUCUCACAUAUCGUGUGUUGAAUGUUACAAGCAGACUAACGAGAUCAGAGUUCACGUCGGCGAUGGCAAAAGCUGCCAAACUGUGGUCGGAUGUAACUCCCCUAACCAUUUCCCAAGUUGACGCAACCACACCUGCCGACAUAGAUGUCUAUUUUGCUGAGGGCAACCAAGUAUUUAGAAUCAACCAGAUUGGGGUUCUUAAUGGCUACCCAACGAACAUCGAAGAUGUGUUUCCUUAUGCUCCACAUGAUAUAAAUGCAGCUCUUACUUUAAAGAUAAAUGGAGAGACAGCAACUUAUUUAAUAAAGGACAACAAAUAUUGGAAAUACAAGUCGUUUGGUUUGAUUGAAGCCAACCUCACCCAUACAUUAUGGCCAGACAUUCCAUAUAAUAUCAAUGCUGCGUUCUAUAUACCAAAGCAUGGGAAAUUUCAAGCAACAAUUUAUUUUAUUGAAGGUUGCAAGGUUCACAUGUACACGGUAUUGACCAACAAACAGUUCAUGAAGUUUAAUAAAGUGAACCUAUGUCACCAACUACCAAGUGUUGAUGUUGAAAAUAUCACCGCGGCCGCUGUUAAUCACAGAAGGCUUUAUAUUUUUAUUGGAAAUAUUUAUUAUCGGUUGCGUGUGAGACACAGAUCCAAUUUCAAUCAUUCACGAAACUAUCCUGAUUAUCCACGAAACAAAGACAAUUAUUGGCUUGGUUGUGUUGAUUACAAUUAA